AUGUUCAAGAACACUUUCCAAGCGGGCUACCUCUCCAUCCUGUACAGUCUUGGGAGUCGGCCCCUGCAGUUGUGGGAGGGCGAGAAUGCCGACGGAGUAAAGAUGGUGCGUGAUGAGGAUCUGCAGUCGGAGGUGGUGGAGGUGAUGGGCGAGAACAUCGCGGACGUCUACAUCACGUGUCCCUCCCACCCCAAGAAGACACUUGGCAUCAAGCUGCCCUACAUCGUCCUCCUCGUAAAGAACAUGCACAAAUACUUUUCGUUUGAGAUCGAGGCACUGGACGACAAGAAGCUCAAGCGACGAUUCCGGGCAUCCAACUACCAGACGCAAGCCCGAGUCAAGCCCUACAUCUGCACAAUGCCGCUCCGCCUGUCCGAAGGGUGGAAUCAAGUGCAGCUCAACAUCGCUGAUCUCAUGCGUAAGGCCUACGGCACUACAUUUGUGGAGAUUUCGCGAGUACAAGUGCACGCCAACUGCCGGCUGCGCCGGAUCUACUUUGCCGAGAAGCCGCACGCCGAGGAGGAGCUCCCGCCCGAAUUCAAGCUCUUCCUGCCAAGCGAGUCCAAGAGGAGCGCUGUGUUGGGAUGA